ACGGUUAGAGAAAUGGAAAACGGACGGAAGCGGGAUUUGGAUGUCUGUCGCGCAUCCGUUCGUAAGAUAUGACUGGGUUAAGUCAGCCCAUGAGGAGAUUGCGGCCCAUUUCGCUGUGAGAAUCACGAAGGCGGCAAUCGACAAAAAGCCAGCGCCCGAGGCUGAAGGGGGUGAGGUCCCAGACGACGAAGUAGACUUGGUAAUCGUGCAGGCUUGGCAGACGAGGAUGGAGGGAGAAUUGUUGGGGAUACUAUUCGACAAGGUGGAGGACGGCCAUUUGAACACAAUCACCGACGAGUUAUUGGUGUUCUUGGCACAGUUGGUGGACGAUCUACCCCUCGAUAUUUUGUCGAGGCGUGACGAGAAGUCGGGGACGGACGUGCUUACUCGCACGCUUGCGCCCCAUUUGUUGCGGUCCACGUGUACAGAGUUGGACGGAGACAACUGCGUGUACCCAUCCCUGAGCCUCUAUCUCGAGAUUGACGUUACCGAUCUCACACACUGGGAUCCCUUCAUCCAGCGAGGGAACGCAAUAGAAGCCAGCUACGAAGAAGAAGAAGAAGAGGAGGAGUCGGAGGGCAAAGAAUCCGAGGAGAACUUCAAGGAAGAGGAAGAGGAAGAGGAAGAGGAAGAGGAAGAGGAAGAGGAGGAGGAGGAAGAGGAGUGGGAGGAAAAUGAGGAAGAAGAGGGGGGGGAGGAGGUGAAGGAGGAGGAGAAGGAAGAAGAAGAGGAGGCCAGCAUGGAGGCUCACCUUGAUGGCGACGACGGAGGAGGAGGCGGCUCCUGGCGAGGCUCUAGCGACGGCGGCGAUGGCUCAAGCAGCAGAACAAUGGGGCAACGAGACAGGUCGCAUGGCAGACCACCUCCGAAAGGUCGCCCUGUUGUGUGCCCUGCUGCUAGUGCUCGUUGCCAUCCUGUCCUCCGUAUCUUCUGUUCAUUGCGGCGACUUCCGGAGAGUCGCAGCCGGAAAUCGAAGAAGAAAGCAACACGCAGGAUGGCAGGUGGGGAAGGUUCUGAGAGGUUCACGUAUGGCAUAGGGUCACGGUUGACGGAGGGUGCUCCCCACGUCACCCCCCCGCGGUUCGACCCUGCGUUGUACGCCCAUCUCCCACCGCAUCAGCAGCCGUUGCCGGACGACGAAACUUGGGAGCCCCCCACGCCCGCAUUUCCUCUCGCGUAUGGAUCGACGCAGUCCAUGUCCGAGGGUUUGGCAACACCCAUGCAUGGUUGUGGCGGUGAUGGAUCGAUGACGUCCCUGCUGUUUUCCAAAGACGGAGAUGUGGCGGGCCCUGCAUUGGAUCUGCAUUUGUCAUCCGGGGGGGGGAGGUCGGUCACACGAACUCUCCUAGUCAAUCAGCAGGGGCAAUCGGAAGGGGAGCCUUCAGUGGGUGUGUUUGGCGGCCGCAGCAACCACCUGCGUAGUCCCGGCGUUGGAGGUGAGCGGGCGCUGCGUAGUCCCGGCGUUGGAGGUGCGCCGCCCGCUCAAGGAGUCGGUUAUGGCGACCGCACUGCAUUGUCGGCCGGUAGAGGACGCCCGUCGGCAGGGGGUGGUGGGCACCACGCGACAGCAGAUGUGGCCGAAUCGCCCGUUUCGGGUUGUGUGGAGAGGAUCAUCGCUCGUGUUUCCACCAUGCGCGCAAGUAGCGACGGGGAUCGCACCGACAACGGCGAGAUGUACGGCGAGGGAGAUGGGCUUGACGACGACGACAUGGCGGGUGGUCGUGAGGACGACGCGAAUGUUCAGCCGCCGCCGCCCGCAGAAGGACGAAUCGACGGUGGAGCUGGCAGGGGCAAGGGAAGGGGGAAAGCGAAGGCGUCAGGCGGGGAUGCGGGGGUGGCCUCAGGCGGGGGGCGCACGUACUGGAGCCUGGACGAGUCUCUUGUUCUCGUCCGAUGCAAGAGAGAUCAGGAUGAGGCUAUGGCGGCUGCCGGGUCUACCUUCGCGCGGAUUAAAACGAGAGAGUGGAAAUGGACGGACAUCUCGAAACGGACGACUGCUUACGGGGUGCACAAAGAGUGGGAUGCCUGUAUGAAGCGUUGGGAGAAUGUGAUUGGAUGGUACAGGAAGGUUUGGGAUAGGGAAAAGGAGUCCGGUAUGCAGUCUUUUUUCACAAUGACUCCCAAGGAACGGGCCGAGAAGGGGUACAAGUUCCAGAUGGACCGCAGGUUGUACGACUCUGUCCACGCUAUGCAGCAUCGCAGCCAGACCGCUCAUCCUCCGAAUUUGGUGGACACAGGGGCAUCACAGCAGCAACAGGGUGGAGGGGCGGGGGGCGAUGGUGUCCUCGGGGGGGAGACAUCUGCGAGUGAUAACUGUGAGGGGGGCGUCGGGGACACGAACGGGGUUAGGCCGCCCGGAGGCCCAAAAAUCCUGAAGAGGAAGAGUGCUCGGCAAAACGCAUUCGAAGCGGUGACCGACGUCAUGCAGUCCCACUCGAAGGUGGUUGCGGAAUCAGUCGAUCGGGCCAGUAAGCGGCAGUGCGAGGUGCUUCAGCGUCAGUGUGACAUUAUGGAAAGGGAGGUGGAAGCACAGGAGAAGCAGUGCUAUGUCUGGGAAUCGGGACAGCGAAUGCUCGCUCCGAAAGAUUGCCCAGGCUCUCUGCAAGGACUGACAAUUCCACAGGGGGGGCGGGUCAUUGGGGUUGUCAUGCGUCUGUCGAAACAAUGGUAGGGGCUAGCUGAGCGGUCCACGACGAACUGUCGGCGAUCAACAAGGCCGGCUGAUUUUUUUUUUUUUCUUUAUUUUCGCCUUGCUGAUUUUGCGUUCUUCUUUUUCGUUUUGUUAUCUUUUUUUUUUUUUCCUUCUGUAAUUCGGCGACUGCCGCCCAUCACAUAUAAAAUCACUUGCCACCCGGGAUGAGCGCGCACAGAUCCGUGAGUUGUUGCGCACGUGCGGUCACCGUCGUCCAUCGCCGGUAGUGAUCAGGUGGAGCUGGCAGCGGUUGUGUAUUGCGUGGGUUCGGUGGUGGGGGCAAGCGAUGGACGUGGUGGUCGUGUGCAGGGCCCGCAUCCAUCAACGCAGUGUCAUGGUGUACGAGCUGCGCCACCGUAG